AUGGAUGUGAAAGUGUUAUAUCCUCAUUUCUUCGCUGAACAACAGAAACAUCAUGUUCAAGUAAACACUUUGACGAUAGUUUCUCAAAAACGACGAAAAGAAGUAGAAGGUCAUUCAAGACGAGAUGGAUACGGAAUUUCCACUCGCUCUUCUUUGCGAAAUCAUUUGUUGAAGAUCAAGUCACAGACGAUGAACAAACAGACCAAAGAAAUUGCUACAAGUACAUUCAAGAAAAUUUCAAAUCAGCAAGAAGUGACGACGUUGGCACCUUUAAACAAAAGUCAUUCAUCAUUUUCUAAACUUUCACAACGUCCCCCUUCUAGACGUGUUGCACUUCGUAUAGAAUUAAGUCGAAAAACUUCACAGAAUCAUGAUAUUGGGGCUGCAAUGUCAUGUCCCUCAGCAAUCUCAAUGAGUAAAACUCGUUCAUCGUCAGAAAUUAUAACAUCAAGAGUGCCAAGCGCAAUGGAUAAGGAACUUUAUAUGAAUCUUCGUGCGGAUGUACGUCCUCGCUCACACUUUGCGCGAAAACGAAUUGAUCACGAAGAAUCCACUCGAACUCUUACUCGGAUCUCUACAGCACCCACCACAUUAUAUGGACGUAGAACAAUGGAUAGUUCGAUGACUGCUUUUCGAAGUUCAUCCUCCACGGAAAACCUAAUGGCUAAACUGAGGCAGCCUGAAAUUUCUCUAUCUUCAGCAGUACAAUGGGAAAUGGAAGCCGACGAGGAUGUAGAUGCCAAUUUUUUCUUGACCGAGUUAGAAGCAGCAUCUCGGCCUUCAAACACGUCUGUAGAAAAACUCAAGACAUUAGCCAAGCACGUUACUUUGGGAUCAUUCAUGUUGUAUGCAGAUCCACCUGCUCUGUUGGCUGCAGUUCAGCACUUUGCGAUAGCACUGAAAGCUAUCAAAUAUGCUCGGGACACCACUUCAGCAACCUUAGCCUUGACAUCCUUACUACAUCAUCACCGUGGGGUGGCUUUACGUGAACUUGUGGUCACCUCUGGCUAUCAAGAUAGUAAGUUUAAACCAACUUGCAUCAAAUACGCUUUUGCAGCUCAACGACGAGCGCUUGAGUUGGCUAAACAGGCCAAAGAUUCACGCUUGCAAGCUCGAGCCAUUAAAGCACUGGGUUUGCUGCUUUUCGAUGCACAUGCUUAUGAAUCAGCUCUUAAACACCAGCAAGAAGCGCUGCAACUUGCGAAAGACGAGAAUGAUCGAGAGCUCGAAGCUCGCGUGUAUGCUAAUCUCGGCAAUUUGGCGCUUGUCGAGCAUAAUUUCGAUCGUGCGUUAAGCUGUCACUACCGUGAUCUCCAAUUGUGUUCAGCUAGUGAGAUCGACUGUCGACUGGGUCGCGCACGAGCUCAUCGCAAUUUAUCGAUUGUGUACGCAAAGCUGCAUCAACGUGACCAGCAGCUUGUGCAUGAAAACGAGUCACGCAUUGCAGCACAUGAUGGCGGAGCUUAUGUGCUGGACAUUAUAAAUCACCCGGAUACUAGUGUGGGCAAUAUUUGCUUCCAGUCUUCAACGAAGAUCGACAUGGCGCUGGCUAAGCUUGUCACACAAAACCUUGCAGAGAUUGUUCGCGGAUUAGCUUGCUUUGAAGAUUGUCACUCGACUGUGGACGUUAAGGAGAUGGAUUCCAUUAGGAUAAGUUUGUCACAAGAAUGGGGCGCUGCUGAAGCCGAGUUAGAGGUGGCACUAGAAAAAAUUCUAGCAUCAAAUGAAGAAGUAGAACAUAUAUGA